ACGGUUCCGUGCACCCAGUUUUCGUGGUUCGUCACACCCGCGUCGAUCGACCGCGUGCUGGGACAGGAGAAGGACGUGCGCCUCCGCUGGGCACAUACACAGCAGGCUCAGCAGGCAGGCUGACACCGAGCAGGGCCAACUCACACCGAGCGCGCGCGACGAGGGCAGCGAUGAAUGAUGAAUCCCUUCGCGAAGAAGCCGACGCCGCGAGAGGCGAUCAGAAACAGCAAGCGCGAGCUGACGAAUGCUACAAGAGGUGAUUGGUUCCGUCCCUGUACACUUAUCACCGUACAGUAGUCGGGGAGGUGUUGUGACGAGAGUAAGAAAAUGAAAAAAUAUGCCACUGACACGAGUGAGCUAUCAAAAAAUACAAGGAAAUCUUAAAUCUGCUGAUGUUUGGUGGUCGAAAAAACCCAACGAAAGUACAAUUUUAUUUUGUUAUCUCCGUUGCAACGCACAGGCAUUUUGGCUAAUAAACAGAAAAAUCUCUCGUGCCAGAUAUAUACGUAGGUACGUGUGUAAACGUAGACUAAAGUGUAUGCCAUUAGCCCUAGGUGAACUCUCUCGAUCUGAUCCGAUAAUGUCGGUGUCGUCUUUCUUGUCCAUCCUGCGCGCCGCCGGGCGGCAGCAGCUGACGGCUUCCACCGCCGUGGUCGCUCGGAAGCCGGUGACCGGAUCCCAUCUGUUCAGGAUCGACCGGUACAAGCAAGUCCGGAAGAUGUUCCCCAAAGGCACGGCGCUCACGUCGAGCGCGUUCGGCGUCGGCGGCCAGGACUGGCGGGUCGAGUUCUACCCGAACGGCGACUUCGAGGAGCAGGAGCCGGCGGGCUUCAUCUCCCUCUACCUCCGCAACGCGAGCCACGGCAGGACAGGGGACGCCACGGCCAAGUGCGCGUUCAGCAUCCUCGACAGCGCCGGGCGCCCAUGGUUCACCCAGGUCUCCCCCAGGGAACGCCGGUUCGCGGGCUACCACUGGGGAUUCAGAGAGUUCGUCAGGAUCCAAGAUCUGAAUCACGAGAAGAACAAGUUCCUCUGGGCGGCUGCCUGAACGUGCUGUGCGAGGUCACCGUCACCCAGGCGCGUAUCGUCGAACACAUGGAGGGCGAGGACGCCGCCGCGGAUGAUGAAGAAGAAGCGGACGUGAAGAUCGUGGUCGGCCGGGAGACGUUCGCCGCCCACAGGAAGGUUCUCGAGGACCGAUCUCCUGCCUUCGCCAAGGACCUUGCCUGCAGCACAGCCGGCGGCGGCGAAUUUGACGAUGAUUGCGAGGUCGUGUGGCUGCGCGUCGACGACAUGGAUCCGCAAGUGUUCAAGGCUCUGCUCCACUUCAUCUACACGGACAAGCUGCCGCCUGCCACGAACCAGCUGCAGGUCCUCGACACGGCGGCGACCGCGAAGCAGCUGCUGAUCGCGGCCGACACGCAUAAGCUGGAGAAGCUGAAGCUCAUCUGCGAGGAGGCGCUGUGCAAGCACGUCGCCAACAACUCCGUGGGCGCCUUCCUAGCGUUGGCGGAGGCGCGGGGCUUGCCCGUGCUCAGGGACGCGUGCUUGGAGUUCCUCUCGUCUCCUGGUAGACUGAAAGCGGUCGUGGGGUCAGUUAAUUUUCAGCAGCUGCUAAAGACAGGUUGUCCCUCUGCUCUCAUGAAACUCAUCGUGGAGCAAUUGCCAGCAGCUGCAUGCCUAUCUAAUGAAGUACCAGAGGAAACCACGCAGAUGAAUGCCUAGUUAGUUACCCCUUUUUGCUCUCCAUAAUUUGCACAAGAUUUCAGUUUGUAAGUCUGGCUCCUGAUGUGUUAAUUGAUUAUCAUGCACCUUCGAAUCGACGUUUAAUUAAGGGAAAAUUGGCUAGGGACAUUGUUA